UCCGGGAGCCGGGGCAGCACUCGGGCCGCCGCGCGCGCUCCUCUCCCCGCGCGAGCUCCAGCCGCGGCGCCCGCCGCAGCCCGAGGGCAGCCACCCGCCGAGGACCGGGCAAGGAGCGCGCGGCCGCCGAGCCGGGCAGCGCUGGGGACGGCGCCUUUUGUCCCUGGAGAUCCCUGGAAGUUUGCGGCGGGACGCGCGCGGGGAGGCGGCCGAGGCAGCCCCGACGUCGCGGGAGCGAGUGCCCCGAGCCAGCAUGGGCAGCGGGCGCGGCGCUGGGGGCCGCCGCUGGGCCGCCUCGGGCGUGCUGCUGGCGCUGGCCGCCGGGCUCCUGGCCGCGGGCUCGGCCAGCGAGUACGACUACGUGAGCUUCCAGUCGGACAUCGGCUCCUACCAGAGCGGGCGCUUCUACACCAAGCCGCCGCAGUGCGUGGACAUCCCGGUGGACCUGCGGCUGUGCCACAACGUGGGCUACAAGAAGAUGGUGCUGCCCAACCUGCUGGAGCACGAGACCAUGGCCGAGGUGAAGCAGCAGGCCAGCAGCUGGGUGCCCCUGCUCAACAAGAACUGCCACAUCGGCACCCAGGUCUUCCUCUGCUCGCUCUUCGCGCCAGUCUGCCUCGACCGGCCCAUCUACCCGUGUCGCUGGCUCUGCGAAGCCGUGCGCGACUCGUGCGAGCCCGUCAUGCAGUUCUUCGGCUUCUACUGGCCCGAGAUGCUCAAGUGUGACAAGUUCCCCGAGGGGGACGUCUGCAUCGCCAUGACCCCGCCCAAUGCCACCGAAGCCUCCAAGCCCCAAGGCACAACCGUGUGUCCUCCGUGUGACAAUGAGUUGAAAUCUGAAGCCAUAAUCGAACAUCUCUGUGCGAGCGAGUUUGCACUGAGGAUGAAAAUCAAAGAAGUGAAAAAAGAAAAUGGUGACAAAAAGAUUGUGCCCAAGAAGAAGAAACCCCUGAAGUUGGGACCCAUCAAGAAGAAGGAACUGAAGAAGCUGGUCCUGUACCUGAAGAAUGGGGCCGACUGCCCGUGCCACCAGCUGGACAACCUCAGCCACCAUUUCCUCAUCAUGGGCCGGAAAGUGAAGAGCCAGUACUUGCUGACGGCCAUCCACAAGUGGGACAAGAAAAACAAGGAAUUCAAAAACUUCAUGAAGAAAAUGAAAAAUCACGAAUGUCCCACUUUUCAGUCAGUCUUUAAGUGAUUCACCCUGGGUGGGUUGGGGAGGGAGCCGUGGGUUGGGGUGAGGGGUGGGGCUGAGCAGACAACCCUGGAAGCUGGGGGUUCACACUCAGUUGCUCCUUCGGUUGGUAGAGGACAUUGUAAUCCAGUUGCCUUUGCUCUGGCAGCAUCCCCAUGCCUUCCGCUCCAUAGCUAUGCUUUAGACCCAGUACAGCCAGUAUUUAAAGCCACAUGCCCCGGUAAGGAAAACCAUUUAGAUUAGGAAAUCUUUUAGGAUCUACAGCGUGGAAUAGCACACCACUGAGUAAAAGCAGAUGCAAACCAUUUCAACCAGAGACAGCCACUAAAAAAGAAAAUUUUGCCAGUAAACAAAGAAACAAAAAACAAAACCAAAAACGAGAUUGGACAAAAAGUGAGAGACAGCAGCAAAAACUCAGUUCUGCAACUUUCUUUGUGUUGUUACAAGUUACUUAUGGAUCUAUCAGCUAAUCCAGGCCUUUGGAACUAGAAUGUUCCUGCUAUUGGUAAGAUGGGUUGCUUUCAGUUCCAGAGUAGCUUCUCUUUCUGUCUGCCUUAGACAGAAACACACCACCACACUUACAACUUGAGAUCAAUUCCAGAAAGUCAGCGCAGGGGAAAAAGCACAAGGACAGUAUAUAAUAGUGAAAACAUAGGGAGGUCAUGCCUGCUCUGCUUUUCCAUGUGAUUAUCUUUUGACAUGAAUCAGCUAGUGUCAGAUGCCGUGUAAAUGGCAGUUAACAUCGGCCUCCGGGAGUGAUCUCAUCGCAGCACGUGUGAAGGGCCGCACGUGCCUGCCUUUGUGUGAGGAAAAGGAAACACCGUGGGCACCAAACCCACGACAUGAGAGAGACCAUGAUUUUCAGAUGGAGAAGGCAAUGGUUAGUGGUUUUCAAAAAACGUAGUUAAAGAAAAAAAAACAAAGAAAAAAACAUUAGGAACAGCCCCGCAAAUUGCUAGUUAGUGUGAAUUGUAAUUGGGUGAAGAGCUUAGUGUUCUAAUUUCAUCUGUCCGCUCAUUUCACUUUUUUUUUUUUAAGAACAACAACAACCCCCAAAAACCCUAUUUACUUUUCAACUUUUUUUUUUUAAGUCUACAUUGACAUUUGAAAGGGGUACUGGACUGAGGGUCUUUUGGUGCAUUUGAGGCUACUUUCCAGGGGGCAGCUCUCUCACUGGGCAUUUGGGGUGUGAGGUGGAUUUGCCGGAUAUCGUAACCAUGUGGCCCCCUUUUCUGAGGCGUUCUGGAUUGCCCUGGCCCCAACCCAGUGCCAGUCAAAACUCUCAGUGCUCCCCGUGCUUUCCUUUCCUGCGAAGAAGUGGAUUCCUUUCAACCUGAUUGCUGGUAGAUCAAAGAAAUUCAGAACAACCAGCCUGCCUGUCCUCUGCACUUAAAAACAAAGUUUUCUUUUUUUUUUUAAUUUCUGCAGAGGGAAAGUUAAGCCCAAAGUGUCCCCAUCCAAGGAGUGAGUUUCAAAGGCAACACAUCUCUGCGGGUUUUCUUGAGUGCCCUAAGAUGCUUCUUAAAACCCUUGCGUUUGAUAGGUGAUGUAUAUAAACUCAUUCACAUAAGCAACUUUACUCCUCUUGUUCAGUGUAUAGGAAGUCACUCUAAGCAAUUAAUGUUAAUUUGCUCCUCAAGCCCGAUUCUUCAUUCUCUGUAACACCUGAAGGUGGUGAGAGUUAGUGGUUGUCCCUCUGGGCAAAUGUUUAUACCAAUCCGGAAGCUGCAGUGAUGCUGCGAGGUGUCACCCCCGAGGACCCUGGAUUGACACAGAAACAGCGGUAGAUUCUGUUAACUCCUGAAGACUCCAGUCUGCAAAUCAGCAUGCCAACUUCAUUACCUACCUGAGUGUUAUCCUGAUAUAAUUAGCUUCUCACAAUUAGUGAUCCUAUUUAACACUUUUUGUUUUUGGUUCUCUCUGACCUUUAAUCAUAAAGUGUUGGGGAUCUUAAGUGAUUUGCCUGUAAUUUUGGAUGAUUUUUCAAAAAAAAUGUGUAUAUAUAUUAGUUACUUAGAAAUAUUCUACUUCCCUAUUGUUAACUGAAAUUCCAAAUGAUUUCAUGAAUGCAUGGAUCUGGGCCUUCGUUUGGAUUGCUUGGGUUGAUGAACUCAAGAGUUCAGUGCUCAUGUGUAUCUGCUCAUUUUGAGAGGGAGCAUCAUGCAACAGGCCUCUGUCCAAAGCAGGGCCUUAGGAAGGGGUUUGUGUAGGGGUAUUCGCAGUUACCGCAGAGAGACUGCGGAAGAAUGGGUGGCUGUGUUGUGCAACUCUCUAAGUGGGAAUUCUCAGGUAGGAAGUGACCUUUGCAGCACGAGUUCACAGUAAACUGGAAGUGUGAAUUGCAGCUGCAGGUUUUACCCCAACCAGACAGUCCCAGGACCUGUGAGCUUCACGCGGAUUUGAGAGACACACUAUCUUUGUCUAUAACACAUCGGCAAUUUGAGGGCACAAAAGAGAGGCUAUGGGCCCAAAGCUGCAUUUUUAUCAGAAACCUUGGUUUUUCUCAACAAAGGGUACGACAAAACCAAUGUGUAGACUAUCAGCUUGGUCAUCGGUUUCCAAAAGUGGAGGUCUGUAUGUGAUUUGGUAAUUUGGUCUAGCUAGUUCAAAGGUCGUAUUUGUAAAGGUUAAAAAUCAUUCUGGGUGGAAUCCUGUGAAGUCAUUGGCAGAACUAAGCUCAAUCUUUGAAGAUUGCUAGUUCUCUUAGUGAGAUGAGAAUCCCAAGAACACUUCACUUUUAGACUAUCCCGUGUAACACUUGGCUCUUCUGCUGGUGCCCUAGCAAUGAAGGCUCCUGAAGGCAAAAUCUGGUCGCAGCUCCAGUUUUCAUUUGAAUCUGUAAAUUAUAGAAACCCCAGUGCCCAAAGCUAGAAAAUGUGUGUUUCUCAUCAGACUCCCAAGUAACUAGUUGCUCUGUUGGAACUCCGCAGAUGUGGGCUCGGGCCAUCUGUUUCUGAAGCACACCUUGGGUGACCCCUGGGAAUAGCUUCGUGGCUAUUCUGAUGUCACCAGCAGAUACAUAGGGCGUGGGUGAAAUUCCUGUUUCCUCUAGUCCCCUCACGUAGCACUCCUCUUUUAGAGUCUAAAUCUUUUACAAAAGCUUUGAAUACUGUGAAAAUGUUUUACAUUCCAUUUCAUUUGUGUUGUUGUUUUAACUGCAUUUUACCAGAUGUUUUGAUGUUAUCACUUAUGUUAAUAGUAAUUUUCCCGUAUGUGUUCAUUUUACUUUCAUGCUUUUCCUGCCAUGUAUCAAUAUUCACUUGACUAAAAUCACUCAGUUAAUCAAUGAUAAUGUGAGUUGUGCCUUCUGCCCCACCCCCAAUGAUAGACCACUCACCUUCUACAUGCCCUGCUUGAGUUUCUUCAGUGAUGUUUUCUGGUCUUAGCUUUACAGCUUUGCAAUGGUAACUGAGCGUGGGUGGGCUGGGGGUGCACCUGGGAGGCACCGCUGACUCUCCUCACCUCCAUCCCAUGUUGACCAUCUGCUCCUGUGAAUAACUUCCAGAAGUGUUUCUCUCAGCUCUGUGUUUCAGACCAGAAAGAAGGUUACAUACUUG